ACCAGAUGGACCCGUCCAGUAACUUCAGUAACUAUCGCACGGCGCUCCGCGGCGCCACCCAGAGGUCGGAGACGGCACACAGCAGUGAGGAGAAGAUUGUCAUUCCUUUCUUCAGUCUCCUCAUCAAAGACAUCUACUUCCUGAAUGAAGGAUGUGCCAGCAGGCUGUCCAAUGGACACAUCAACUUUGAGAAACUGUGGGAUCUGGCAAAGCAAGUGAGUGAGUUCCUGGUUUGGCGGCAGGUGGUAUGCCCGUUUGAUCGAGAUCGCAGAAUUCUUCAGUACGUCGUCACCACGCCAGUCUUCUCUGAAGACGAGCUCCAUCUGGCGUCUUACGAGAGCGAAGGACCAGAGAACAACAUGGAGAAGGACAGUCGUCGUUCUCUCCGAUCUUCUCUUCUGCAUCGAGAGAAUCGGUGAUGUGGACAAUCUCUUCUACUGCUGUCAAUCAACUUUCUUCUCAGCCCAACAACACAACAAUCUCUUCUACUGGUGUCAAUCAACUUUCUUCUCAGCCCAACAACACAACAAUCUCUUCUACUGGUGUCAAUCAACUUUCUUCUCAGCCCAACAACACAACACAACAAUCUCUUCUACUGGUGUCAAUCAACUUUCUUCUCAGCCCAACAACACAACAAUCUCUUCUACUGGUGUCAAUCAACUUUCUUGUCAGCCCAACAACACAACAAUCUCUUCUACUGCUGUCAAUCAACUUUCUUGUCAGCCCAACAACACAACAAUCUCUUCUACUGGUGUCAAUCAACUUUCUUCUCAGCCCAACAACACAACAGACAAUCUCUUCUACUGGUGUCAAUCAACUUUCUUCUCAGCCCAACAACACAACACAACAAUCUCUUCUACUGGUGUCAAUCAACUUUCUUCUCAGCCCAACAACACAACAAUCUCUUCUACUGGUGUCAAUCAACUUUCUUGUCAGCCCAACAACACAACAAUCUCUUCUACUGGUGUCAAUCAACUUUCUUCUCAGCCCAACAACACAACAAUCUCUUCUACUGGUGUCAAUCAACUUUCUUCUCAGCCCAACAACACAACACAACAAUCUCUUCUACUGGUGUCAAUCAACUUUCUUCUCAGCCCAACAACACAACAAUCUCUUCUACUGGUGUCAAUCAACUUUCUUGUCAGCCCAACAACACAACAGACAAUCUCUUCUACUGGUGUCAAUCAACUUUCUUCUCAGCCCAACAACACAACACAACAAUCUCUUCUACUGGUGUCAAUCAACUUUCUUCUCAGCCCAACAACACAACACAACAAUCUCUUCUACUGGUGUCAAUCAACUUUCUUCUCAGCCCAACAACACAACAGACAAUCUCUUCUACUGGUGUCAAUCAACUUUCUUCUCAGCCCAACAACACAACAAUCUCUUCUACUGCUGUCAAUCAACUUUCUUGUCAGCCCAACAACACAACAAUCUCUUCUACUGGUGUCAAUCAACUUUCUUCUCAGCCCAACAACACAACGGAGACCACCUGCUUCCAGGAAGUGGAAGUUUUGAGCGC